GUAACGAGCGCCCUCUGGUGUCGGUAUGACGAACCCCGGAACCUCACACAUCGUGCUUUUGUUUCCGGGAGGGAAGAAUUAAGCGCAGGGACUCGUCUCCGUGUGUUUUUCCCUGUGAAUGUCACAGUGACUGUAUAACCGGGUGCGGGAUGCUGUGUGGAGCGGUGAUGGCGGGGAGCUGCGUGCUGCGGGCUGUGCGGGGCAGGAGAUUUUACUCCGCGGCAGCAGUAAGUAAACUUUCGUCAACAGACAUUUUCCGGCGGCGGUCAGAGUUGUAUGACAAGGAGAAGGACAGACAGCUGUCCCUGUAUCCACGCACCGAGAAGAUCGAGGUGAAACAUGUCGGGAAGACUGAUCCGGGUACCGUCUUUGUGAUGAACAAGGGGCUCUCCACGCCAUACAACUGCGCCAUGCAUCUCAGUGAGUGGUACUGUACCAAAUCCGUGCUGGCCCUUGUGGAUGGAGAGCUUUGGGAUAUGUACAAACCUCUGACUAAAUCGUGCAGUAUACAGUUUCUGACCUUCAAGGAUGAAGAUCCAGAGGAAGUAAAUAAGGCUUACUGGCGUUCCUGUGCGGCCAUACUUGGACACGUUUUGGAACAAGCUUUUAAGGAUGACUACACAGUGACCCUCAUCCGGGCUCCAGAAAUACCAGUAAUCUCCGGAGCGUUCUGCUACGAUGUGGUGCUGGACGAGCGUCUGGACGACUGGAAUCCCACAAAGGAGAAUCUCCAUUCAUUCACCAAGGAUGCCCUUAAACUCAUAAGCAAAGAUUUGCCGUUCGAGUGUUUGGAAGUGGAGGAAAAGGUCGCCAGAGAGAUCUUCCAGCACAAUCCGUACAAAUUGCUGAUGAUGGAAGAAAAGGCAGCACAACACCCCCAGGGAAAGGUAACUUUACACAGAUUUGGUGAGUUUGUGGAUCUCAGUGAAGGUCCCCACAUCCCCAGGACUGGCUUUUGUUUGCAGUAUGAGGUGACAGCACACCACCUUCUCUCCACCAUCUCCUCAGAAUAUGUUAGGAGGUUCCAGGGUCUCUCCUUGCCCAGACACUUGAUGGCUCAUCACACCGCAUGGAAUAAAUUAAGAGUCCGAGCCCAGAAACCGGUCACAGAGAAGCAGAAUCCAGAGCCAGAGCCAGAGCCAGAAGCUGCUGUAUAAUUCAGAUAAAACAGCCUUGAUUUUUUUUUUUGUACUUUUGUUAACCCCUAAUAAACCACUCCCCUUUAAGAUUGUAUGGUA